AAUGUUUCUGCUUUCGUCUGAUAAGGAUGUUUCAAAGAGGGUCAUAGCUGAUCCAUAUUCUGAUUAUCAAUCUUCGACCAAAUCUAAAUUUUGCAAAGAGAUUGAAAACAGCUCCGUUUUAUCCAUACAUAUGGGACAUCCAAGUUAUGGUAUAAUGUAUCUUUUGUCCGUCAAGUUGAUACUUUUACUUAAACCAUUCAAUAAUCAAUUUUCAAGGUGCUCUGAUUUCGAUUUUGAGAGAAAUUGCUCAUCACCGACAUGAUUCUAUCCAUCUCUCUGUUCCUCCCAAAGCCUUUUGGAGUCGAGAUUUGUUGACUCUAUCCACCAAAGAACCGAAUUCUCUCUCUCUCUCUCUCCACCUUAUGUUUAUCUUCCAGAUAAACCUAACUGAUUUGGGGAACUUCUCCAGAGCAGACGUUAAAAAAGAAUGUCCAAGACAGCCAUUAUUUUUGGGGCUUCCGGUGCAACAGGACAAGAACUUUUAUCAGCCCUCACCUCCAGUUAUUCCAUCAAAAAGAUAAUCGUUGUAGUGAGGAAAGCUCGGGAAAAAUUUGAGCACCUGAAGAAUGUGGAACAAUGGGUUGUUGACUUUGACAAGUUGUUGAAGACUGAAGAGCUUUACAACUUUUGCGGGAUUGAUAUUGGAUUUUGCUGCAUUGGAACAACGCUUCAAAAGUCUUCCAGAGCCGAAUUUAUACAAGUGGAACGAAAUCUGGUAUAUCGUAUUGGCCAAGUUUUAAAGCGCGAUGGGUGUGAAGAGUUCCAUUUGGUCACUGGUUUUAUGUCCAACUCUAGUUCCCGCUUCUUCAUUCCCCGGGUUAAAGGAGAAAGUGAAGAUUUGGUGGCUGCACUUCAAUUCCAACGACUCGUCAUUUACCGACCGGGCCUUUUGAGGUGUUCCCGAUCUGAAUAUCGCCCUUGGGAACAUCUGGCGCAAUGGAUCUCAUCUUUGGUGGAUUUUUGGAAUCUAUGGUCCAUCUCAACCGAUCAGUUGGCUGAGGCUAUGGUGGAGGUUGUGGACAUGCCUGCGAAUUGUCUUAAAACCGACCGAAAAGAUUGUCAUAUUUUGGAACACAAAGACAUCGUUCAAAUUUGGCAAAGAGCCGACGGAACUUGAAAAUAAAAAGUCGCAAAACCUU